AUGGAAUCAACCGACAACACCCUCGUCCUCAGCGCCGACAACGCAUACAACACGACCCUCUCAUCCCCUCUAUCGCCCAAAGAACCGCUCUACACCGUCACCUCCGACCCAGGUAUCGACCGCGGCUCUACGGCGUUCACAUCCGUCACGAAGGGGUCGGGUACCUCUGAGUCUGCGCUUGCGCGGUGGGAGUGGCGGGCGCGGUGGAGAGGUGACCUGCUCACGUAUAAGGGAGGGAAGGGUGUCAAGGCUACGAGCUGGACGACGGAGCUCGGGUUGAAGUGGAACGUGAACGAUGAGAGCGGCGCGCUCGAGCUCUUCCACGGAACGAACGCCCCCGUCCGCUCGCGCGCUUCAAUACAGUUCCUUGACCCUGCGGCGAUCGAUGUCGAUGAGAAGCUGCGAGAUAUGGUCGUUGUAUCGUUGUUCUUGCAGGAGCGGACGCGGCGAGAGAAGGGGUGGGCGGCGCAGAGCGGCGCUCGUGAUGGGUCUGUGAGGUGGUUCGGCGCUAUGGGAGGGUUUAUGGCGGGGUCUCAGCUGGCGGGGUCGUCGGGUGGGCCGUGA